CCUCUCCGUGGCCCUUCAUUCCUACUUCCCCUUUUCUCCAUGCAAAGCAGAAGCACAUGAACACACAAGGCUUUUAAGAACGUCACGUAAGACUGGUGUUGACUUCAGUCUUUGUCAUUAGAGGCAGCGAACACGUCCGCCGCCAUGGACCUGAAGGAUUCUAUUGUGAAGGGAGGCGUGCUCAUCGUCCACCAGACACAUGAAGGAAAGCACCAGUAUGAAGUGGAAAAUGUGUUGAAGUACAAAAACGUGACUGGAGGGAAAAUGUUUGUCAGGAGAGGAGACAAGCUGACGCAGUUAAACGGCGUGGACCUGCGGGAUCUUCCGCCUGAGGAGUUGGCACAUAUGCUGGCUGAGGGCAACCCAAUGCUGACGGUGCACAAGGCGAUCAGGACGAAGGAGCACAAGGAGCAGCCCCCCAGGGACGGGGACACUUUACAUCCUGUCUCACAGGAAUCCAAGAUACUCAGUUUCAGCAUGGAGAUGAGGAGGGAGGAGGAGGUUGACAUGGGAGAAGGAGUGGGAAAGGAGGAUGGGUCUAUAGAGGAGGAGGUUUGCCGAGAGGAAAAUGAGGAGAACGGGGAGAAAAGGGAUAUGCUCAUCGUUACCAUGACGAAAACCAACAUCUCUGUGGUGAAAGGGAGGGGCUGCAACUCCGCGAGUCCCUGCAAGGGAUGUCAUGGGAUAGGAUGUAGCUUUAAUGAUGUUGUCAUGUUGUCAGAAUCCAGCACAGUGACGCUCGUUCCCAGAGGAGGUAGCAAUUUGAAACAGGUUCGACUGUUGAACUCUUCAAUCAGACAUGUGGCCACCCAUCAAUACCUCAAAGGCCUCUGUUCGCAGAAAACUCUCCAUGCCUCACCAAAUCCAGAGGAGAUGACCAUCUACUACUACAAGUCAACUCUGCCCUACAGAGGGAUGCCAGUGGUUCUAAACUUUACCGGCUCCAACUGCUUCCUCAGGUGCUGCAAGGAAGGAGAGCGGGUGUUCCUACAAGUUGAGACAUGCGAAAAACAGAGGCUGAGGCAGAUUUCCAUAAGCAAUGAGAGCGACCUCUCCUUUGUCUUCUACAUGAGUUCUGGCCGGACAAUGGAGACAAAGUUUGAGUCAGCGCUGCACCUGGGAUGGUUCAUCCAAAUAAGCAACACAGAUUCGGCUGUGAAGAUGGAACACCUGGAUGGAAAGGAUGGAGAUCACACGUUCCUCUUCAUCAUUCAGAAGUCUUGACAAGGCUCGAGUCUCUUUCUUCGGGUUACUAUUUUUUAAAAGUUCUUGAUCAAGUCAGUUAAAACAUACAAAAUUCUCCUGUGAAUAUGAUUUGGGACUUGAAGUUGAUAAAGAAAAACAGGAAGAGCUCACCUUUAGUGUUUCCUGAUCCAGUGACAGAAUCAAAUGUCGGUGUGUCUAAAUUCUGCAGUUUGCAGGAGUGCGUAGAUAUGUAUCAUACGACUAUAUCUAUACUAUAUUCAAAAUGAGUUAAAAGGGUGAUGUGAUAAUAAUUAUAUUUAUAUCAACAUUUUUUACGAUAUGCUGUAAGCAAAAUGAGAUAUGACAAACUAUAUACAUGAAUCCAAUGUGUUAACACAAGCACAAACUGGAAUUAAAUUCUGAAUGACUGGUUGUAGUAUGUACUGUGUAUAUACCUACUGUACGCAAAUAAUAUUUGGGAGAUCCUUUUGAUAAAACGUCUCACACUUGCUGUAUAUAAAACUUUGAGCCUUUGAUCAUAAUGUACCAACACAGAGAUGUAUCACUGAUGUACUAUCAACCAAAAUGUACAUAUUCAAUCAAAGUAGCAAUAAAAUUACAAGCAUUUGCAUAUUUUA